CACAGUUUCAAAUUAAAACCCCCAAUCCCCAGUUUGCCUAGGGUUUUGGCUAUUGAUCUUCUCUGCUAAGAGUUCACUGAUGCCGGAGCUGAUGUCUGCUACCGAGAUGAGUGCUCCAAUGGACAUUUCUGUGCCUAAUCCUGGCGAAUGCAAUUUACCCGGCCAAGAUGCUGUUUUUAGCGAGCCACCAGUUGGGCCAUCUGCUCCGCCGCCUCCACCACCGCCUCCUCCUCCUUCACUAAGCGAAGAUAAAAUUCUUGUGUCAGUUGAAGUUUUGUUGAAACCGUCUAGCACAGCACGGGCUGAUGAUGUCCGCUCAGCAGUUGAAAGAAUGCUGGAAAAGAGAAGCAUGAGCUACACUGAUGGUCCAAUUCCAGUUCCGAUGGACGAUGCAGUUCUUGUGGACAAUGUGGAACGGAUAUGUAUAUGUGAUUCAGAUGUGUGGGUGGAAAAGCACGAUGUUCUUUUAUUCUGGCAAGUAAAACCUGUCGUGCAUGUUUUCCAGCUCAGUGAGGAAGGGCCAUGUGAAGAAUUGAGCAAUGAUGGCCAACUUGCUAGCUUCAAUGAAUGGAUUCUUCCUGCAAAGGAAUUUGAUGGAAUGUGGGAAAGCUUAAUUUAUGAUUCUGGUCUCAAACAGAGGUUAUUACGAUAUGCAGCAAGUGCUCUGCUUUUCACUGAGAAAGGUGUCAAUCCUUUCCUUGUAUCAUGGAACCGCAUUGUUCUUCUUCAUGGACCUCCUGGCACAGGCAAGACAUCCCUAUGCAAAGCAUUGGCACAAAAACUCUCAAUACGCUUUAGCUCAAGAUACCCACAAUGCCAGUUGAUUGAGGUUAAUGCACAUUCCUUGUUCAGUAAAUGGUUUUCUGAAAGUGGGAAGCUGGUUGCAAAGCUUUUCUCCAAAAUCCAAGAAAUGGUAGAGGAAGAAAACAAUCUGGUAUUUGUCUUGAUUGAUGAAGUUGAAAGCCUUGCUGCUGCCAGGAAGGCUGCUUUAUCUGGGUCUGAGCCUUCAGAUUCUAUAAGGGUUGUGAAUGCCCUUCUGACCCAGAUGGACAAGUUGAAGUCCUCACCUAACGUCAUAAUUCUAACUACAUCAAACAUAACUGCUGCUAUUGAUAUAGCAUUCGUCGAUCGAGCUGAUAUAAAGGCCUACGUUGGUCCUCCAACUCUCCAAGCACGUUAUGAAAUUUUGAGAUCGUGCUUGGUAGAGCUUUUAAGGUCUGGAAUACUGUCGGAUUCUGAGUUUCAGGACUGUGAUUUUCCAAGUUUUACUAGUCUGAGAGAACAACUGAAUUCACUCGUAAUUCCUGAGGCUGCACCCCGAUUAAAUCUUUGUAAACAAUUGCUUGCAGCUGCAGAAGCAUGUGAGGGAUUGAGUGGCCGUUCACUCAGAAAGCUUCCAUUUUUGACUCAUGCGGCCCUUGCAAAUCCUUUUGGUUGUGAACCUGGAAAAUUCUUGCAUAAGAUGAUUGAGACAACUAGGAGAGAAUGUUCUGAGAUACCCGACUGAAUUAUGACAGUCUUUCAACCAUAUAACUGACUUGCAAGCUAAGCUUUGAACUCGAGUAAUGGUGUCCCAGAACUGAGAUGAAGGACAUUGAGAAAGUCUCAAUUUGCAAAGGCUUGCCUGCCCAAUCCCACUGAUCUAUAGCAUAGCAUCUUAGGCAUGAGUAUUAUAAGUGUGGUACUAUUAUGUAAUGGUCUGCACCGUAGAGUGAAAUCAAGCAUCUCACCACUGAAAUGUGUAAAUUGGCGCAGGUUGGGAUACAAACUCAUUUGUUGGUGUAAUUUGUGGUUUUAGAUUUUUAAGUACUUGACAGGGAAAUGGCCACUCUGUUAUAAUAUUGAUUCCAAUUAGGAAAGCACGAAAGAGAAUGUUUACCUUGGCUCUGAAGGAAAAUGUGAAGGAAAUGCCUUAAGCUUUCCUUUUCUUUUUACUUUCCUCGAGUAAAUUCUAGAUACACAAUUGAGACAUUGUAAGUUGGUAUGUCAAUGUUCUUUAUUACUCAACUGACUGAACAAAUGUAUAUCAUUGUAAAAAAUAGCCACCGAUGAGCAGCUCUCCAAGCGUAUAGGUUUACAGACAGAAUAUGAGCAAUUACAAUGAACCUAAUCUGAUUCUGCUUGCAUUUUGGGACUGCGAUAAACAGAAACGUGAACUUGUCUCGGCAGAAGCAUGACUCUAGCUAAUUGUGGUAAAGAUUACUAAUUCGAAUUGAAGGGUGAUAUAAAGAGGUCCGUCUAGUUCCGACAUCAUAUCCAUAUCAUUCAUCAUAGUUAGCAGUUUCAACUUUGUAUCAAGGUCACGAUCGAUAUCGUCACGAUCAAUAUCGUCACUAUCAUCAAUAUCACUUAUCAUCCAUAGGAAAACCUUUAGGCUUGUUAUCCAAGAACUUGUUCAGAAAUACCGUAAUGAAAGGAACAUUGGUGUUUGUCGCUAGGUAUUUGACCAAUAGGAUUGUCCAGUUCCU